UCUACUGUGGACACUGUGGUCUUGUCCGUCCUGUGACAUUGACGUAUUUGCUGACAAAAUUCUUCGUGUAGCUAAUUUUGCAUAAAGUGAUAAAAAAAUUGUUAAAUAAUAAAAUCUAGUUCUUUUAAAUAAUGUAACAAGCGCCAUUUAUAUUAAUUUAUCAAAAUGUCUGUGAUGGACCGAGUAAACGCCUUCGGCGUUUCAAUUAUCAGUGUAUUACAAGCUAGAGGGUUCAACGAGAACAUCAUCUACGCUAUCAACGAAGCAUCGAACCCCCAGCACCUGCUGAUGUUCUAUUUCCCUUUCGUGGCCGUCAUAGACUCCGUAUUCGCUGCGCAGCUCCUGCUAUGUAUGGCUUUCAGCGGAUGGCUGACCUCCAUGAUCAAAUGGUUAUCACUAUCAGACCGUCCCUAUUGGUGGGUACAAGAGACCCCGUACUACCCGCACGACCAGCGCCCAAUAUUGACGCAAACCAGUCAAACUUGUGAGAUUGGGUCGGGGAAUCCCUCUGAACAUAUGACUUCAGCCGUCAUCAUCUCAAUCCUGUUUUGUAUGUGGAUGACUAGCUAUUUAGACGAAUGUCAGUGUAAGAUAAAUUGGUCAUCUUGGAUCAUGUUUCCUUUUUGUUUCUACAACGCUUUGAUUGUGAUGAUUGCACAACUGUACACGGCCGUGCACUUUCCUCACCAGUGUCUAAUCGGUGCAAUGAUCGGGGCAAUUUUAGUCCCGGUGUUAUGCGUCUACAUCAUCGAUCCAUAUAUCUGGCAAUAUGGAGCCGUGUCCAAUAAGGAUACUGUCGUUGUCAGGGUUUGGUACGUCCUGUCAACUAUAGGCAUGACUUUGAUUGCCGUUUUCACGUACUACUGCUACAAGUCGAUCGGGUGGCAACCGUCUUGGUCGAUAAAGCUGGCCUACCGUUACUGUGACAACCCCGCUAAUAUCACGCGGACCUCCAUCCCUCUGUUCUCCAUCAUGACAUCAACAGCCUACAUGCUGGGGUGGGCGCUGUUCGUGUCUCCUGCAGUCAUCAGAUACCGUUACUUCACCAAACCUCGCUCGAUACCUCUGGGUCUGCUCAUCGCGUUACUCUUUCUCAAAAUAUUCCAACUGAUCGAACAUUUCUCUUGCAAUCUAGACAUAAAGACAUACUAUCUAGUCCAAUUCUUAGUCACAGUCUGCAAGCCUGGCCUCUUCCUGCGUGUACUGCCAAGUAUCUUGAAGUUGCCAUAUUUCUGCAUCACCUGCUGCGAGCGACUGGCUCUGAAGAUGGAACAAUGAAAUACGGCCACCCGGUGUCCGGGGGAGGGAUGUUAUUGGUCACGUGACCAGGACGACGUCCGCCGUGUCACCUUCGAGGUAGGGGCAGACCGUGUGUCAUUUUGCCGAAACGAUGAACCUAUUGUGACAAUAAUCCCCCAGUGCCCAGAGUGUCUAAUGGAGCCCGUGUAAAUUGUACAAACAUUUUGUGUCAAUUUUUUGAGCUUAACUACUCUAGUUGUU